AUGAAAAAGGCCAUCCCUGGCAACGGAAAAAUCUCAAAGGAUGCAAAAGAAACAGUUCAAGAGUGUGUGUCUGAGUUCAUCAGUUUUGUCACAGGGGAAGCCUCAGACAAAUGCCAAAGGGAAAAGAGAAAGACCAUCAAUGGAGAUGACAUCAUUUGGGCCAUCACCACCCUAGGUUUUGAGGACUACGUCGAACCUUUAAAAUCCUAUCUCCAAAAAUAUAAAGAGAUUGAAGGAGAGAAGCUUAACCUUCCUAAACAACAACAACAACGUUCAGAUCAAAGACUCCAUCAACAGCAACAUCCCCACCAGGACCAAAACAACAAUCUACCUUGUGUAUAUUCCUCUACAACUCUCCUUUCUCAGCCUUCUUUUGUACCCACGGAUCAACUAUUUUCCCUCCCAUUCUCCCCAAAUUCGAUUCAGAAACAGUUACAGCCGCCAGACCAGAUCGAUUCUUUGGGACAAUGGUAA